GUGUUGUACGUUCACAAAAAAAAAGAAAACUUUGAACCCAACUUGGUUUUAUCAUUGUAUUAACAUUAUCAUAUCACUAAAUAAAAUACCUACUGUCCUAUGAAGUAAAUAAAUCAUUAACUAAACGGUUACGUAAGACAUUGAUUAAUUAAGAUCGACCUCUCAUUUAAUUUCCACAACGCCGGUAGCAGUUUAGUAUUUAUUACCAACUCUAAACAAUGUUCAAGGGUCUCGUUGGCUUAGUAACUGGGGGUUCGUCAGGUCUUGGCCGGGCCACGGCAGAGCAGCUUGUGAAGCAGGGUGGCAGAGUUGUCAUAUGUGAUCUGCCCUCCAGCAAUGGACAAGAGACAGCAAAGCAACUUGGGCAAAAUGCAACAUUUGUAUCUGUUGAUGUAACUUCUGAACAAGACAUAAAGAAUGCCCUACAAACUACUCGGGAUAAAUUUGGGCGGUUGGAUGUGGCUGUCAACUGCGCAGGCGUCGCUACAGCUUCCCGAACCUAUAAUUUCAAGAAGGACCAACCAUUUGAUCUUAAAGAAUUCCAGCGAACUAUUGAGGUAAAUUUAGUAGGGACAUUCAACGUGAUCAGGCUCGCUGCUGGAUUCAUUGGUAAGAAUGCACCGGAUGCAGACGGCCAGCGAGGAGUUAUCAUCAACACAGCCAGUGUUGCUGCCUUUGAUGGACAGAUUGGCCAGGCAGCGUAUUCAGCUUCAAAAGCGGGUGUCGUGGGCAUGACGCUGCCCGUCGCCAGGGAUCUCGCCAAGCAGGGCAUCAGGGUGGUCACCAUAGCACCAGGGUUAUUUAGAACUCCGAUGAUGGCGAGCCUGCCCGAGCCGGCCAUCAAGCAGCUGGAGGCGUCAGUGCCGUUCCCGUCGCGGCUGGGCCAUCCCCACGAGUUCGCGCUCCUGGUCCAGAGCGUCAUACAGAACCCUAUGCUCAAUGGCGAGACCAUACGACUCGACGGCUCCCUCAGGAUGCAGCCCUGAGGCACGGUGUGAGUCCUAUCAGUGACAUUUCGUAGAUGUUGCAUUAGGAGACUCUAAUACUAUGUAAAUAAAUGUAUUAUUUUGAAAA